UCCACCCUGUGCAGCUCCAUCUCGCGCCACACCUUGAUCUGCACUUGCCAUUGCACGGUUGCACCUCGUUUCAACGCGAAGGAAGCAAGGCGGCCGAAGAUGUCGACAUGCGCGGCAGACCUGGCGCCGCUGCUGGGGUCGGCGGCGAUCAACGCCACGGAGUACCUAUGCAACAGGUUCGCGGACACCACGACCGCGGUGGAUUCCACCUACCUGCUCUUCUCCGCCUACCUCGUCUUCGCCAUGCAGCUGGGGUUCGCCAUGCUCUGCGCGGGGUCCGUCCGGGCCAAGAACACCAUGAACAUCAUGCUCACCAACGUGCUCGACGCCGCCGCCGGCGCGCUCUUCUACUACCUCUUCGGCUUCGCCUUCGCCUUCGGGGCCCCCUCCAACGGCUUCAUCGGGAAGCACUUCUUCGGCCUGCGCGACGUCCCCGCGGUCGGCUUCGACUACAGCUUCUUCCUCUUCCAGUGGGCCUUCGCCAUCGCCGCCGCGGGGAUAACGUCCGGCUCCAUCGCGGAGCGCACGCAGUUCGUGGCCUACCUCAUCUACUCCGCCUUCCUCACCGGCUUCGUCUACCCGGUGGUCUCCCACUGGGUGUGGUCCGCUGACGGCUGGGCAUCGGCAUCCCGGACGUCGGGGCCGUUGCUCUUCAAGUCUGGCAUGAUCGACUUCGCCGGGUCCGGGGUUGUCCACAUGGUCGGCGGCGUGGCCGGGCUGUGGGGCGCGCUCAUCGAGGGCCCCCGCAUUGGGCGGUUCGACCACGCCGGACGCUCCGUGGCGCUGCGCGGGCACAGCGCGUCGCUCGUCGUCCUCGGCACGUUCCUGCUGUGGUUCGGCUGGUACGGGUUUAACCCCGGCUCCUUCCUCACCAUCCUCAAAUCCUACGGCCCCGCCGGCAGCAUCCACGGGCAAUGGUCAGCGGUGGGCCGCGCGGCCGUGACGACCACCCUCGCCGGCAGCACGGCGGCGCUCACGACGCUGUUCGGGAAGAGGCUCCAGACGGGGCACUGGAACGUGCUGGACGUCUGCAACGGCCUCCUCGGCGGGUUCGCGGCGAUCACCGCCGGGUGCGCCGUGGUGGAGCCGUGGGCGGCCAUCAUCUGCGGGUUCGUGUCGGCGUGGGUGCUCAUCGGGCUCAACGCGGUCGCCGCGCGGUUCAAGUUCGACGACCCGCUGGAGGCGGCGCAGCUGCACGGCGGGUGCGGCGCGUGGGGCGUCAUCUUCACGGCGCUGUUCGCACAGAAGGAGUACGUGGAGCAGAUCUACGGCGUGCCGGGGCGGCCGUACGGGCUGUUCAUGGGCGGCGGGGGGCGGCUGCUGGGUGCGCACAUCGUGAUGAUCCUGGUCAUCGCCGCGUGGGUGAGCUUCACCAUGGGCCCGCUGUUCCUGGUGCUGAACAAGAUCGGGCUGCUGCGCAUCUCGGCGGAGGACGAGAUGGCCGGCAUGGACCAGACGCGGCACGGCGGGUUCGCCUACGCCUACAACGACGACGACGCCAGCGGCAAGCCGGAACGCGGCGUCGGCGCGUCGUUCAUGCUCAGGUCAGCGCAGACCUCGCAGGUCGCGGCGGCCGCCGAGGGCGAGGGCGGCCAGGUCUAGGUGUUUUAUCAAGUUAUAUGCAGUAGUAGUAUAUACAGUAUGUAAUUUUCUGCAAACUCAAAAAUAUAUCAUAUGCACGCACAAAUGGCACGCGUUCAAGUGCAACGCCUCCUUGUAUUUCUCCUCCUUUUCUGUCGGAAUGGGUCUCGAACUCCUCAUCUAGUACGUGUUAAGUACUAGUACGUGCUUGAUUGUAUAAUAAGGUCCACGGGAGAAAGUGGAGUACCAUUUUCUGUGUAAGCUGUGUGGUGUGGAAGCAAAGGACUGGGACAGAGAUUUUGGAAGCUCGAAGGGUUGACAAAUCCCAACGUGUGAUUGUGAUUCCCCUCAUAAUGUGAGCCUGAUGAUUCAGAUUUGCUCAUGUAUUGGAGUUCGGUGUUUUUUCGGGUGGAAUGCUCAAACGAGAAAUUUCAUAUCUUGUCAGUGAUUUUGUGUCUGUGUGAGUGUAUUCCUUAUCACUCU